GAGGCCUGGCAACACAGAGAGUCUCUCAGCCAAUGUCCACUUGGAGGCCUGACAACACAGAGAGUUUCCCAGCCAACCUCCACAAGGAGCCGAAGCCUGGCAACACAGAGUCUCUCAGCCAACCUCCACAAGGAGACGAAGCCUGGCAACACAGAGUCUCUCAGCCAACCUCCACAAGGAGCCGAAGCCUGGCAACACAGAGUCUCUCAGCCAACCUCCACAAGGAGCCGAAGCCUGGCAACACAGAGUCUCUCAGCCAACCUCCACAAGGAGACGAAGCCUGGCAACACAGAGUCUCUCAGCCAACCUCCACAAGGAGCCGAAGCCUGGCAACACAGUCUCUCAGCCAACCUCCACAAGGAGCCGAAGCCUGGCAACACAGAGUCUCUCAGCCAACCUCCACAAGGAGACGAAGCCUGGCAACACAGAGUCUCUCAGCCAACCUCCACAAGGAUCCGAAGCCUGGAAACACAGAGUCUCUCAGCCAACCUCCACAAGGAGCCGAAGCCUGGCAACACAGAGUCUCUCAGCCAACCUCCACAAGGAGCCGAAGCCUGGCAACACAGUCUCUCAGCCAACCUCCACAAGGAGCCGAAGCCUGGCAACACAGAGUCUCUCAGCCAACCUCCACAAGGAGCCGAAGCCUGGCAACACAGAGUCUCUCAGCCAACCUCCACAAGGAGCCGAAGCCUGGCAACACAGAGUCUCUCAGCCAACCUCCACAAGGAGCCGAAGCCUGGCAACACAGAGUCUCUCAGCCAACCUCCACAAGGACCGAAGCCUGCAACACCACCACGAGACGUUCUUGCACACAGACAUUUGAAUACCUGA